UUAAUUAGUUAAUGGACGCCGGAUAUCUGGUUUUGCAGUUGGGGAUGAUUUUGUAACUUAAGACAAGUUGAGGGACCUUCGGUGUACUUUUUCCACCCCAAAAAGAGCAUACUGCAUCAGCCCAUUAACCAUACAGCCCACUACUCGAAUCGGCCCACGACAAGCCGCGGCUUCUCGCCUUCUCGGCGCCACCGCCCGGCAGCGCCGCCGGAGCCAAGCUGUGCGGCCACCCGCCCAGGCGGCCCGGCCGCCCUGCCAACCUCCUCCAUCGCUUGAUCACCAUCACCACCCCGCACCUCAUCGCCGCCGUCUCACCCCGCCCUCCCCAACCGCCGUCCGGUCAGCGCAACCGACCACUCCCACCAGCCACGGCGGCGAAGCGGAGGCGGGGAAGUAGUAGAAGAAGAUGAGCGUGAUCGACAUCCUGACGCGGGUGGACGCCAUCUGCCAGAAGUACGGCAGGUACGACGCCGAGAAGCUCCACGGCUCCGGCGUCGCCGGCGAGGACCCCUUCGCGCGCCUCUACGCCUCGGUCGACGCUGACCUCAACGAAUGCCUCGAGAAAGCGGAGGCGGCGAAGCAGGAGAAGAACCGCGCCACGGUGGUCGCGCUGAACGCGGAGAUCCGCGGAACGAAGGCCAAGCUCCUCGAGGAGGAUCUGCCCAAGCUGCAGCGGCUCGCCCUGAAGAAGGUUAAAGGGCUUUCAAAAGAAGAACUUGCAAUCCGUGGUGAUCUGGUUACUGCCUUACCUGAUAGGAUUCAGUCAAUACCAGAUGGAAGUGCUACAUCAUCAAAGAAAACUGGAUUAUGGGGAUCUUCUGGAUCUCGUGCAGGAACAGGGAUUAAGUUUGACUCAACAUAUGAUCUGGAGUGGAAGCUUAUAUAUGUUGGAUCGGCUGAGGAUGAAAAUUAUGAUCAGCUGCUUGAGAGUGUGCUUGUUGGCCCUGUGAAUGUUGGGACAUACCGUUUUGUUCUCCAGGCUGAUCCUCCUGACCCGUCAAAGAUCCGUAAGGAAGACAUAAUUGGUGUUAUUGUGCUGCUAUUAACUUGUUCCUACAUGGGUCAAGAGUUCAUCAGAGUAGGUUACUAUGUGAACAAUGACAACGAUGAUGAGCAGCUUCGGGAGGAGCCUCCUGCGAAGCUGCUGAUUGACCGGGUGCAGAGGAACAUAUUGGCAGACAAGCCCAGCGUCACCAAGUUCCCCAUCAAUUUCCAUCCUGAAACCAGUGCAGGCGCAGGACAAGAGCAGCAGCAGCAACAGCAAUCUGGUUCACCUGAAAAUCACCCAAACCAAGGUAGCAAGCCCAACCCUGAUCAAUGAAGUGCUAGUCCCGCUACCCGCAUAAAAACCCGCUUGUUAGUGUAUUUUCCACAUGGUAAUACAAAAUUUAGAAGAAAAAAUGAACUAGAAGUGAGAUAAGCGGGCUAAAAAAGCCCGCUUGCCCGCCCAGCUUGCAUCCCUAAUCCGGGUUGGAAAACUCGCCCCCCCCCCUUUUUUUUUCAAUCUGGAUGCCUUCUAGGAUAGACCGUAAAAUCAGAUGGAAACCUAGGAGGUUACUUGAACCGUCUGUUGUGAUGAAGGUCACAUUAGACAUCACUAAACUAGAACUUCGACCAGAAGUGCGCAUUGGUUAGUCAUGUGCAUGUAGUAGGUAGACUCUAACAUAUGCUGCUGAAAUGGUGAAUCCUUUUGCUGGCGAUGAUCUGUAAGCUGAAUGUUUGCCAGAUCCAUGCCUGCUUCCCUUUCGCUAUUUUUUCUUUUUUUCCGUGUCAGCUAAGGAGCCGACCAAAUUUCAUUAAGAUAAAAGGAGAGUUUACAUUUUGUACACGGCAUUAAACUGUCGAGCCGGGAAAAACCCGGAAGGGGAAAAGAGGGAAGGAAACAAAAGAAAAAGACGGGAUAAUUGUAGGGCUACUCACAAAAUUGGAAGAUACCUGCUGCUCUCCACACUGCUACCUCCUCCUUGAUGUCUGCUGAAAGGAGGUCAGCCGUAUUGAACUUCUGAUCGAAAACCCUCGCGUUACGUUCCUUCCACACGAGCCAGCAAACAAGCAUGAAAAACGUAUCAAAGGCUUUACUGUAGCGCGUCUGAAAACGAGUCCGUGCGAGUUGCCACCAGUCUGCCAGGGAUAGAUCUAGUCGCCCGGGGAUGUCAAAGUGAACAUUGAUCCUAUCUCUGAGUAGGGACCAAACUCUGUUUGUGUAAGGGCAUUUCACCAAGAGAUGAUGGCAGUCUUCCAUAUCAAUUGAGCAGAGGGCACAAAGUGGGUCAUGAGGCCAUCCACGUUUGGCGAGAUUAUCCCCGGUUAAGCAGCGCCCUUUCACCGCCAGCCAGAUGAAGAAACACUCUUUCAAGAGUUCUUUAAUUAGAAAUUGAAUAGUUCUUUUAAGAGUUCUGUAAAAAAGUGAAAUUAUUGAUUUAAUUUUGAUAUUGGAAUCAA